AUGGAGCAGCCGGGAUGUGUGGUGGCAGUGGUGGGAGCUGGGCUUGCCGGGCUGUCAUUUGCGGCGGCGGUGAUGCAGGAAUCCUUGCGGGACCGCAAACUUGCCAAAUGCAAGGUCGUCGUCUUCGAGCAGUCUCUGGUACUGGACCCUGGUGCACUCCGGUCGUUGCCCUUGGCACGAGUUGGCCUGAAGGCACUCCAUGCCUUGGAGUGUCCUCUGGUUAGCGCAGCAUUCCGGCAGGAGACCGAUUGCAUACGUCGCGAAGAUCUAUUGAAAUGGUUUGUCAGUCUGUUGCCAGCAGACACGAUUCAUUUUGGCAAGUCUUUCCGAGGGUUUCAUGUCGAUGGCAACCAGCUCUUUUGCCGCUUUCAAAGCAUGGAUGCUGGAAAUCUACAACUGGAGGGUCCAUUUGAUGCUGUUGUAGCUGCGGAUGGUCUUCGUUCAGAUGUUCGGAGCGAGUGCGAAGCAGCCUGCAAACAAGGACCUCAUCGGCUUCGGGAUUUGAUUCUGGGUGGAUCGAUCUUAUUCCUUGGGGAUGCUCGGCGAGCUUUUCGAAAAGAGCGAGAUCUGGGACUUGGCAGGGUUUUCGGAGGUGGCAACAAAGCAAUAGAACAAGGCGUUCAAUUGGCGGGCUCCCUCAUAGAGGCCUUUGAUCGUGCUGCCAGGCCCGUGCGUGGUUCCACCAGCCUGCACCAGGCGCUGCAAAGCAAAUCUAUUCAUUUCUGCCAUUUUAUGGCAGUCACUGGCUUGUCAGAGAGGUUGCGAUGGCAUUGCAGAAAGCGGCGGCGGCCGUGCGAUGAAGACGAACCUAGUGUUGAAAAUCGAUCCAACUGUGCGGGCGCCAGUUCUCUGUUGUGUGCCAUGGACUUCCCUCCAGAAGUUCGAGAGCUCGUGCAGCAGCUGAAGUCUGCUGGGAUGCAGAUUGACGAAUCGAAUCCGCAGGAAGUGAUGCAGGCUCUGUUUCGAGUGCAGCAAAUGGCGGCCAACAAGAAGAAGGCCGAGAUGAUCAGUAAAGAGCGCGCGCUCCCUGGCCGAAGUGAAGCGCAGGUCGUGCCAGCUCAGCAUUUUGUGCUGAACAAUCCGAUGAAGGGUCCAUGGCCUGCAGGAUUUAAAGUCUGUGUCUUUGCAAACGGCUGCUUCUGGGGCAGUGAGAAGGGAAUCUGGCGCUUGCCCGGUGGUGGCAUUUACUCUACAGCUGUUGGUUAUGCUGGUGGCUAUACCCCAAACCCGACUUACGAAGAAGCAUGUUCAGGACAAACUGGACAUACUGAAGCAGUGCAGGUGGUUUUUGACCCUUCGAAGAUAAGUCUGGUGGAUAUUUUGCGCUGGUUUUGGGAAGCCCAUGAUCCCACACAAGGAAUGGGUCAAGGGAACGACCGUGGCACACAAUAUCGUAGUGCCUUGUAUUAUUUUGAUGAUGAGCAGAGGCAGCUGUACGAAGCCAGUAAAGAAGCAUAUGAAGCUGAGCUGAAAGCCAAUGGAAAGGGCCGUGGACCGAUUACAACGGAAAUUCGAGCAGCCUCCGAUUUCGAGGGCGAGGUUUUCUUCUAUGCAGAAGAGUACCACCAGCAAUAUCUGGCAAAGCCAGGAGCUCGUCCGUACUGUUCGGCAGAGCCACAGCAGGUGUCACUUCCAGCAUUUGAGAAGUGGUGCCCUGCUGUUCUGCGGAGCAAGCAUGCGCCGAAGUUACCGGAGCCUACACAGUCGCUUCGAGCUGUUGAUACUCUGAGGAAAGGGAGCCUUGUGCUUGCAGCCUUGCUCCAGGAGAUCCAGGCUGUGGGACCUUCAGGCACGAUAUGGAUGCAGAAUACCGUGGUCGCUCCAGUCCUUGUUGUACAGACGGAGGACGAGCAUGGAGAAUGGUGUGAGGCCGUGGACGACUGCGAAAAGCUGCUGUACAAGACGGCCGUUUGCCAUUUUCAGGGCACCACCGACUGUGGUGGUCGGAACUGUGGUUCUCACGGAGUGUGCGUACAUCUGAAGGAAUACCAGAACACCUUCGACACUGGUAAUAGCUGUGAACGCGGCUACAUGGACGAUGGGGAGAAGUGUGUAGCUGCAGACUGUGGGCCGCUGCAGGAUCCAUUCGGCAUCUGGCACGGCAGUCACGCCUACCUUGGGGUGCGAGACUUCUUCUUGCUUGCUGGCUCUCGUACCGACCCCGCCGCUGCUUAA